AAUAAAACAAAAACUCUUUCAAUAAUGUCUUUAUUGUAUACCAGAAUGGCAAAUCAUUUCAGAACAACAAAUGAACACCUUACAUUAACACCUUAAUGACUUCAUGACUUCAUGAUCUUUCUCAAACUUUCAGCAUUGUUCAACCAGACAGCAGUUUCCUGUUGGAUGUUUGGUGGUUAAUUUGAUUGAAUAUGCCUCAACAUUUGUGGGUGUUGCAUUAAUGUUAAACGUAAACAUUUUUUUUUUUUUUUUUUUUUUUUUUUUAAGUCGUCAUCAUUUCCUCACCCUCGUGCCGUUCCAAACCUGUGAGACUUUGUAUGGAAUACAAAAGAAGAUAUUCUGAAAAAUGUGUGUACUUUUUUGUCGAUACAAUUAAAGUCACUCAGGUAUUUUUUUUUCCAAAAUACUGUAUCUUCUUAGCUGAUACACAGAUUUUUUAUUUCUGGGUGAACUAUCUCUCUACUGAAACUAUCAAAACAACCAGCUGAAACCUUUCUGUAGCACUAUGCAUUCAUAUGCAUUUCUGAAAGAACUUAAGGGUGUGUGGCACAAUACUAUAAGGCCAAACCCUUGCAAACACAACAGUCUUGCAAUAUUUCACUGUUGACUAAACACACUUUAGUUUUUCUCAUAGGAUGUUUCUAAGCUGUUUUUUCUAAGGAAAUAUUAAAUAUUUGUCCACAUCCUUGACUAAAGCAUAAAUUAGCUCAGCAUAGUUCAAAUAUGAUCAUUUUAUAAUGUGAAAAUCAACAAAUGCAAGUUUCAAAGUCCAUUCUGUAUUUUUAAGAGUUUUUGGGGCUGACUGAUCAAAUUGCUGUUGCUUUGGUAAUUCUGAACAGAAGCUCUCUGUGACGUAGAAAACAUAAAUAAAAAAAACAUCAUAAUCAAAUUGAAAUAUAUGACAAACAUUUAACUGCAUCAUGCCACAAAUUUAUAGUCACUUAAACUUUCUCUCUGGAUCUAUAGUUUCGGUGUGUGUUGCUAUGUGUGUGUGUGUGUGGUUGUUAUGCUGUUGCUGCAGAACCUGUUUGGUGGCUCCACAUGCAUUUAUCUGACAGAAACCCCAUGACAGAGAGGAUGACAGUCAUAUUCACCUGGAGUUUUGAGGUGUCAACAUCAACGGCUACAGAUACACUCAACAUUAACAACAUUGGAUCUCCUGAAAACUGGUAUUCGUGACAUGUCAGUUGAAUUUAAAGAAGUGAAGACAUGAUGAAUGGAGAAACAAAGAUUCGUGCCCUCUCAGAUACUGUAACUUUGGAGGACACAGAAAAAGGAGGAGUAGUAGUCACAGGAAUCACAAAUCCAGCAAUCAACCUGAAGGAAGGAGAUCAGCUUGUUGCUGCAACCGUUCAUCUGGACCACCUCAGUAAAGAUGAAGUGCUAAAAUUGAUCAGAAUACUCGAGCCCUAUGACAAGAACCUUGAACUCAAGACAGCAAAAGAUCUGAAAGCAGGACUGUCUCUUGGUGAUCUUCGACUGAACAGUGAGGCAGGACUACAAGCACCAGGUGUUCAGGUUAAUGGGCUAAACGGACAGAUAAAUGCCCCAAGCCUUAAGGGUGGCUUCUCAACCCCAACAGUAAAUGCAGAAAUACCACAGAUUGAGCCAAAGGGUGCCACACCUAACUUCAGCCACAGAGGGUUCAAAAAGCCAACUUUUGGCUUGUCUGCACCAGAUCUCAAAGGAGCAUGUCUGGAUGGUACAUUAGAAGCACCUGAUGUCAGUGUCUCUACCCCUACACUUAACACCCCAGAUGUUUCUGUUAAUGUGGAUAAACCUGAACUGAAGACCAAAACGCACAAGUUCAAAAUGCCCACCUUCAGUCUACAUGGUAAAAAGCCAAAGGUUUCUGGUGAUGUGAAUCUAACCGCCCCAGACAUAAAUGCUGACCUAAAAACCCCUGAUCUGAAUCUGUCAGCCCCAAAGUUCAAUGGAGAAAUUGGGACCCCUGACGUAGACAUGACCUUGCCAAAAGCUGAGCUCAGUGGUCCAAACCUGGACAUUGAAACACCAAAAGCUAAUAUCGAAGCUCCCUCUGGCAAGAUUAAAUUUCCUAAAUUAAAGAAAGCAAAAACUACAAAAGUGAAAGUACCAGAGGCAAGUGUUAAUGCAAACCUUUCUGCGCCAAAAUUAAAUGCAGAUGUCAGUGCACCAAAUGUUGACAUUGAUCUGCCAAGAGCCAGCGUUGAAGUUCCAGAUGUAGAUAUUAAGACUCCUGAUGUCGAUAUAAAUGCUCCCUCUGGGAAAAUAAAGUGGCCAACAUUUAAGAAACCAACAUUUGGGCAGAAGGUUAAAGCACCAGAGGUUGGCUUAGAUGCCAAUGUCUCAACACCUGAUUUAAGUCUCUCAGCACCAAAGAUACAUGGAGAUAUCAGCAUCCCAAAAGCAGAUGUCAAUUUACAGAGCGCUGAUGUUGAUGUAAAAGCACCUGAUGUAGACAUUAAUGCUCCAACUGCAAAGCACAAGUUCUCAACUCUUAAAAUGCCAAAGCUAAACUUACAUAAAUCAAAGCUGAAAACUCCACAUCUAAAUGCAGGGGUACAAGCACCAGACUUGGGCAUGUCGACUCCUGGGGUAGACAUUAAUCUGCCAAAAGCUGAACUGGAAGGACCGAAUCUAGCUGUCAAGGCACCAGACCUCAACCUCUCUUCAGCAGAUCUAGACAUUAAAACUCCAGAUAUUGACAUAGAAGCUCCAUCUGCAAAGUUAAAGAAGCCCCAUGUUAAACUGCCUAAAAUAAAUCUAUCUGGGCCAAAGAUGAAAGGUCCAGAUGUGGACCUCAAUGCACAGGCAGAUUUCCAUGGACCGGACCUAGACCUGAAAGCUCCAGAUCUCAGUCUUUCAGCACCCAAAGUGGAUGGCAAAUUUAGUGCUCCAGAUGUGGAUCUGAACUUGCCCAAUGCUAAUGUCAAAAGUCCAAAUGUAGACCUUGAAGCCCCAGACAUUGACAUUGAUGCCCCCUCUAGCAAAGCCAAGGUACCUCACUUUAAGCUGCCUAAAUUUGGUCUUUCUGGACCUCGGGUUAAAACACCAAAACUAGAUGCACCUGAUGUGGAUGUGAACAUGCCCACAGCAGAACUCAAAGCACCUAAUGUAGAAGUUAAAGCAACUGAUCUUAGUCUUUCAACACCUAAAGUUAAAGGUGACAUUUCAGCUCCUUCUUUAGACCUUGGUUUACCAAAAGCUGACUUAAAUGCUCCAAGUGCAAACAUUGGGGGAAGUCUAAAGUCACCAAAUCUCAAUCUCUCCACCCCAGAUGUAGACCUAGACUUGCCAAAAGCAAAGCUCGAAGGAACUGAUGCUACCCUUAAAGUCCCAGAUGUUGACAUUAAUGCCCCAUCUGGGAAAUUUAAGAUGCCACAUUUCAAUUUGCCAAAACUGAAUUUGACGGGGCCAAAAGUAAAAGGGCCUGAGCUGGAUGCUAACACAGAUCUAGAUCUCUCAGUUCCCAAACUCAAAGGAGAAUUAAAUUCACCUAGUGUUGACUUAAAUCUUCCCAAAGCUGAGGUCAGUAUGCCUGAUGUAAAUGCAACUUUACCAAAAGCUGAGAUCAGUGUUCCUAAUGUAGCUAUCAAGUCCCCAGACUUUGAGGCUCCAUCUGGAAAGCUGAAACCGAUUACAUUUAAAAUUCCAAAAGCUGACCUUUCCGGUCCAAAAGUGAAGACACCUGAGAUUGACUUCAAUACAGAAGCUCCUGAUCUCAGCCUCUCAGCUCCAACAGUUGAUGCAGAUGUCAAAGUGCCAGAGGCUAAUAUAAACCUUCCCAAAACAGAUGUUGACAUCAAUGCUCCCAAAGGAAAGUUAAAAUUCCCAACACUCAAAACGUUUAACCUUUCUGGUCCAAAAGUCAAAUCUCCUGAUGUUGACAUUGCUGUUGAUGUAAAUGGACCAGACCUUAACCUAACUGCUCCUGAGGUUGAUACUCCUGAUCUUGAUGCGAGACUACCAAAAGCUGGGGUUGAUGUAGAUGUCCCUACAGCAGAUGUUGACAUCAGUGCUCCCAAAGGAAAGUUUAAAUUUCCAACUCUCAAAAAGUUUAACCUGUCUGGUCCAAAAGUCAAAUCUCCUGAUGUUGACAUUGCUGCUGAUAUAAAUGGACCAGACCUUAACCUAACUGCUCCUGAGGUUGAUACUCCUGAUCUUGAUGCGAGACUACCAAAAGCUGGGGUUGAUGUAGAUGUCCCUACAGCAGAUGUUGACAUCAGUGCUCCCAAAGGAAAGUUGAAAUUUCCAACUCUCAAAAUGUUUAACCUGUCUGGUCCAAAAGUCAAAUCUCCUGAUGUUGACAUUGCUGCUGAUAUAAAUGGACCAGACCUCAACCUAACUGCUCCUGAGGUUGAUACUCCUGAUCUUGAUGUGAGACUACCAAAAGGUGGGGUUGAUGUAGAUGUCCCCACAACAGAUGUUGACAUCAAUGCUCCCAAAGGAAAGUUGAAAUUCCCUACACCCAAAAAGUUUAACCUGUCCAGUCCAAAAGUCAAAUCUCCUGAUGCUGACAUUGCUGCUGAUGUAAGUGGACCAGAUCUGAAUCUAUCUGCACCUAGGGUUGGUAGUCCUGAUGUUGACGUAAGUCUACCAAAUGCUGGGGUUGAUGCAGAUGUUACAGGCAUCAACACUGAAGUUGAGGGCUCCAAGCAUAAGAUAAAAUGGCCCUUCAAAUGGAGAAAAUCUGCUGAAUUAAAGGAUGUGGAUACAAACAUUAAAGCACCAGAAGCAGAUGGUACCACUGCAGAAAUUAAACUCUCCAAAAAUAUACCAUUGUUCAAGCCUCACUUCCUACCUGACAGCAACAUUGACAGUAUCUUACAAGAACUCAAUGGAGCGGUUGACCUCAGUACUGACCCUACAAAAACAAUUAAUGACGCGGUUCUCUCAGUCUCCUCAGUCAAGACAAAUCUUAAAGCUUCUUCUCCAUCUGUUGGGGUCAAUGGACAGACAGCUACUGUAGAUAUCCGGGAAAGGCUGAGAUUGUCUAAUGCGCGUACUACAAGCCCAGAUUUUGACAUAUCUUCAGAACCUGGAAGCCCUACAAAAGUGAAUAGAGGAACAUUUAAAGUCACAAAGCCUGAUGCUAAUAAGGACUACCCAGUAAUUGAUACAACUAGCAAUGAAGAUGAUGCCAAGAUUGCCCUCAGCUUGAACAACAUGCUUGGUUUGUCAACAGAUUAAACAUUAAAUAAAACCAAGAGCCUUGUUAGUAUAGUUCCACACCCACUGCAUAGAGCAUAUGUAAUAUAUGUUUAAAAAAAAAAAAAAAUCACCUCCUGCUGUUUACUUUUAAAAUGGGUAGAGUAUUGAAAGAAAAGAUUUAUAGAAUUUGACAGAUGUAAUUAUUUUUAUAUUCAGUUAUAUACAUAAUUUUAUAAAGUUCUCUUUAAAUGUGCAAUGAUUGUAUCUUCUCAAAACAUUGACAAGAACAUGAAGGAAAAUAUGCUGAAUCUGUAAUUCUGUCUAUUUUGUCACUGUUUUUGUAUGUAAUAAUAUAUAGCCUUUUGUUUAUGCUCAUUUCCAUUCCAAUAUAUAUAUAUAUAUAUAUAUAUAUAUAUAUAUAUAUAAAUAAAUAAAUAUAAUGUCAGUAUUGCAAAUUGGGAAAAAAAAAAAAUAAGUCCGCUUUUUACAUAUAUUAAAUAUCAUGCGUGUCUUUCUGUGUGUUUCAAGAAGCAUGUACCUAUUUGCAAGGGCACAAAUCUCUCAAAAGACUAAUACAGUUUAUGAUAUGAUCAUUGCAUGGAAAAUUCAUUUUAACACUCACUCCAGU